UAUCACACAUUUCUUUCCAAAAUGGCUGACGAGGUUUACGAAGGUGCCAUUGGCAUCGAUCUUGGCACCACCUACUCUUGCGUUGCCAACUAUGAAGGCACCAAUGUCGAGAUCAUCGCCAACGAGCAGGGUAGCUACACGACCCCCUCAUUUGUCUCCUUCACCGACAAGGAGCGCUUGAUCGGCGAGGCCGCCAAGAACCAGGCCGCCAUGAACCCUCAGAACACUAUCUUCGAUAUCAAGCGUCUCAUUGGUCGUCGGUCUGAGGAUCCCAUUGUGAAGAAGGAUAUCGAGUCAUGGCCUUUCAAGGUUGUCGACCAGGGUGGCAACCCUGCCGUCGAGGUCGAAUACCUCGGAGAGAAGAAGACUUUCACUCCCCAAGAGAUCUCCUCCAUGGUUUUGAUGAAGAUGAAGGAAGUUGCCGAAACCAAGCUCGGAAAGAAGGUUGAAAAGGCUGUUAUCACGGUGCCUGCCUACUUCAACGACAACCAGCGUCAGGCUACGAAGGACGCUGGUGCCAUCGCUGGCCUCAAUGUCCUCCGUAUCAUCAACGAGCCCACUGCUGCUGCUAUCGCUUACGGUCUCGGCUCUGGAAAGUCCGAGAAGGAGCGUAACGUCUUGAUCUACGAUCUCGGUGGUGGUACCUUCGAUGUCUCUCUGCUCAACAUCCAAGGAGGUGUCUUCACUGUCAAGGCUACUGCUGGUGACACUCACCUUGGUGGACAGGAUUUCGAUACUAACCUCCUGGACUUCUUCAAGAAGGAGUUUCAGCGUAAGACUGGCAAGGACCUCUCUGGCGAUCCUAGAGCCCUCCGCCGCCUCAGAACUGCUUGCGAGCGUGCCAAGCGUACUUUGUCCAACGCUACUCAGACGACUGUCGAAAUCGACUCCCUGUUCGAUGGUGAGGACUUCAACUCAUCUAUCACCCGUGCCCGUUUCGAAGAUCUUAACGCCAAGUCCUUCUCUGGCACCCUUGAGCCCGUUCAGCAGGUCCUCAAGGACUCUGGUCUUGAGAAGAACCAGGUGGACGAGAUCGUUCUCGUCGGUGGAAGUACGCGUAUCCCCCGUAUCCAGAAGCUUCUUAGCGAUUUCUUCGAUGGCAAGAAGCUCGAGAAGAGUAUCAACCCUGACGAAGCCGUUGCCUACGGUGCCGCCGUGCAAGCCGGAAUUCUGUCUGGAAAGGCCACCUCUGCUGAGACCCAGGAUCUCUUGCUGCUCGACGUUGUUCCUCUUUCCCUUGGUGUUGCUAUGGAAGGCAACAUUUUCGCCCCCGUCGUUGCCCGUGGCCAAACUGUGCCUACAAUUAAGAAGCGCACUUUCACCACUGUUGUUGACAACCAAACAACUGUUCAGUUCCCCGUCUACCAGGGUGAGCGUACCAACUGCGCUGACAACACCUCACUCGGAGAAUUUACCCUGGCUCCCAUUCCCCCGAUGAGAGCUGGUGAAGCUGCCCUUGAGGUCGUCUUUGAGGUCGACGUCAACGGUAUCCUGAAGGUCACUGCUACCGAAAAGUCGUCUGGCCGUACCGCUAAUAUCACCAUCUCCAAUGCCGUUGGCAAGCUUUCUACCACUGAAAUUGAACAGAUGAUUGAUGAUGCCGCCAAGUUCAAGUCCAGCGACGAGGCUUUCACCAAGAAAUUCGAGUCUCGCCAACAGCUGGAAUCAUACAUCUCCCGCGUUGAGGAAAUCAUCUCCGAUCCCACUAUGUCUCUUAAGCUCAAGCGGGGAAACAAGGAGAAGAUCGAGUCUGCUCUUAGCGAUGCUAUGGCCCAACUCGAGAUUGAGGACUCUACCCCUGAAGAUCUCAAGAAGAAGGAACUUGCUCUUAAGAGACUGAUUACCAAGGCCAUGGCUACUCGUUAAACGUUGUGAGCCUCAAUCUGCUAUAAUAAUUGUUCAACCUUGAGAUCAGUGAGCCCGCCUUCCGAGUUAUCCAUCAUCAUUUCUUGCUAUUUCAAGUCAAGAAGCAUUUGCUACACAUGAGAUCAAAGACUAUUAUGUUACCUACGGACCCUUUCUGGAUUAAGAGUGUUUAUUUAUGAAUGGGGAAACAAAUAUGAAAAGUAUUUUUUGUUCGAAACAUUUCGCAUGCUAUAUCUCGCAUCUCAAGAUCUGAACGUACAUAUUAAACUAGGUAAUCAUGUAGAUUUCGAAGUCGGUGACAUUGGGUAUGAGGAUUGAGUGUUUGAUCCAUGUUACUGGAAGCAUCACGUGUUCGAAG